UUAGUAUUAUAAUUAGUAUUAACAAUGCUCAAUGCAUUUCAUGCCCAAUCUGGUUUUCUUUCAGUGGAUGGCUGCAUUGACUGGUCAGUGGAUCUCAAGACAUACAUGGCUUUGGCAGGUGAACCAGUACGGGUGAAAUGCGCCCUUUUCUACAGUUAUAUUCGCACCAACUAUAGCAUGGCCCAGAGCACUGGACUCAGGCUUAUGUGGUACAAAAACAAGGGUGAUUUGGAAGAGCCCAUCAUCUUUUCAGAGGUCAGGAUGAGCAAAGAAGAAGAUUCAAUAUGGUUUCACUCAGCUGAGGCACAAGACAGUGGUUUCUACACUUGUGUUUUAAGAAACUCGACAUAUUGCAUGAAGGUGUCAAUGUCCUUGACUGUUGCAGAGAAUGAAUCAGGCCUGUGCUACAAUAGCAGGAUACGGUAUUUAGAGAAAUCUGAAGUCACUAAAAGAAAAGAGAUCUCCUGCCCAGACAUGGAUGACUUUAAAAAGUCUGAUCAAGAGCCUGAUGUUGUGUGGUACAAGGAAUGCAAGCCAAAAAUGUGGAGAAGCAUAAUAAUACAGAAAGGAAAUGCUCUUCUAAUCCAAGAAGUUCAAGAAGAAGAUGGAGGAAAUUACACUUGUGAACUUAAGUAUGAAGGAAAACUUGUGAGACGAACAACUGAAUUGAAAGUUACAGCUUUACUCACAGACAAGCCUCCCAAGCCAUUGUUCCCCAUGGAGAAUCAGCCAAGUGUUAUAGAUGUCCAGCUGGGUAAGCCUCUGAACAUCCCUUGCAAAGCAUUCUUUGGAUUCAGUGGAGAGUCUGGACCAAUGAUCUACUGGAUGAAAGGGGAGAAGUUUAUUGAAGAACUGGCAGGUCACAUUAGAGAGGGUGAAAUAAGGCUCCUCAAAGAGCAUCUUGGAGAAAAAGAAGUUGAGUUGGCACUCAUCUUUGAUUCAGUGGUGGAGGCUGACCUGGCAAAUUAUACCUGCCAUGUGGAAAACCGAAAUGGACGGAAACAUGCCAGUGUUCUGCUGCGUAAAAAGGAUUUAAUCUACAAAAUUGAACUUGCAGGAGGCCUGGGAGCAAUCUUCCUUCUCCUUGUACUGCUUGUGAUCAUCUACAAAUGUUACAAUAUUGAAUUAAUGCUCUUCUACCGACAGCAUUUUGGAGGUGAUGAAACUACCAAUGACAACAAGGAAUAUGAUGCCUAUCUGUCUUACACAAAAGUGGACCAAGAUACUUUAGACUGUGACAAUCCUGAAGAAGAACAGUUUGCUCUUGAAAUACUGCCAGAUGUCCUGGAAAAACACUAUGGAUAUAAACUCUUCAUCCCAGAAAGGGACCUGAUUCCAAGUGGAACAUACAUUGAAGAUCUCACAAGAUGUGUUGAGCAAAGCAGAAGACUUAUUAUCGUGCUAACUCCAGACUAUAUUCUCAGACGAGGAUGGAGUAUUUUCGAAUUGGAAAGCAGACUCCAUAACAUACUAGUCAGUGGAGAAAUCAAAGUGAUUUUGAUUGAGUGUACAGAAUUAAGAGGAAAGGUGAAUUGCCAGGAAGUAGAAUCACUAAAGCGCAGCAUCAAACUUCUGUCCCUAAUCAAGUGGAAGGGACCAAAAAGCAGCAAAUUAAAUUCUAAGUUUUGGAAGCAAUUAGUAUAUGAAAUGCCCAUCAAGAAAAAAGAAAUGCUUUCUCGGUGUCAUGUUCUGGACUCUGCAGAACAAGGACUUUUUGGAGAACUCCAGCCUAUACCCUCUAUUGCUAUGACCAGUACCUCGACCUCUCUGGUGUCAUCUCAAGCUGCUCUCCCUGAUUUCCACCAUUCAGAUUCAAUGCAAAUGAGACACUGUUGCAGAGGUUAUAAACAUGAGAUGCCAACCACCACCUUGCCAGUACCUUCCUUAGGCAACCACCACACUUAUUGCAACCUGCCUCUGACGCUUCUCAAUGGACAGCUACCCCUUAAUAAUGCCCUGAAAGAUAACCAGGAAUUUCAUAGGAACAAUUCCCUGCUACCUUUAUCAUCCAAAGAGCUUAGCUUCACCAGUGAUAUUUGGUAG